CGAGCCUCCACGUCCUGCUUCUCUACUCGGACUCCAGGUGUGCUGUAUAAUACGUAUCAAGUGCGUUAUUUGUAAAUUCCUCCUUUCUGUGAAGCGGGAGCCUUUCGGCUAUAGGUUACGUGCGCGAAUCAAUGACAUGGGAAACAUCGAGCAUGCCAUUCCGAACCCUCCAACCUUCGUCGACAUGAAUUGAUAGCUCUCAUGUCUGUAUGCGACCACGGAAUAACCAUAUAGUGAUCUAGAGACGUUCAUGCAAACAUGUCCUCCCGAGCCUCCAUAUCAACUCGAUCCCCCGCAUUCUCCCUCGAUACCUUCUCCUCAAAGGAUUUCAUUGUCAAAGACUUCAUCGAGUCCCUGUCCGACACGGUCAUCCCUACAGCCACCCGCCGCUCCGCACCCACCGCCAGCGGCUCAUCCACCGCCGCAUUCGACCCGAAACCACUCAUCAGGACGUUCGAAUCUGCAUUAGCUCGUCUCCGCGGCCUCAGCGAAGAUCUCGAGAAGCGCGAAAACGAGUUGUCGAAUGCGGUGAGGAGAGCUGAAGCGCAACAUACGAACGCAGCGGGAAGCUAUGGACAGAGGUUGGAGGGGGCCGUGGACAGAUAUAAUCAGCUGGAAAACAAUUUGAACGCGAGUGCCUCGAGCGGCUUGACCGACUCGCAGGUGACGAACGGCAAUGGAUACGGAUACGGGAAUGGGAACAGGAACGGGUCGGAAGGACGAGAUGCCGUGAGCAUUGGAGAGCGUCUGGAAGAGCUGGAUAAGCAGAGGCAACGAGCGCUGGACGCAAAAUUCUUGAUCCAGUGCUGGCAGGAGGUCAGCAGCAAGGGUCAAUUGUCGAGCUUGGAGGAUAUGCGACGACUUGGCGGGAGUGAGGGAAAGGUUCGCUGUGCAUCAAUCGCGAGACAGCUGCUCCGAAUCUGCACGCGGCUGGAUCAGGAGGGAAUUAGCGGACGCAUCACCAAGGGCAAUGGGGUCCGAAACGGCUUGGGAGAGGCCGAUUCUCCCGCCCGCGAAAUCAUCGAGAAGUUCCUGGAGAUGCUGGAGAAAGAUCUCCUGAAACAAUUCGACAACCAUUACCGGAAACAGAAUUUCGACGGCAUGAGGGAGUGCGCCAUUGCGCUUCGUGACUUCAACGAGGGCGCAAGCGUCAUGGCGGUCUUUGUCAACCAACACGAAUUCUUCAUCGACAAGAAUCAGUUGCUGGCCGACGAAAACGUCGGCGAUGGAGAAGGCUGGGAUAAGCUUGCUGAUCCGGAUACCGAGCCUCCCGGAGUCGAUCCGUCCUUGCAAGCGUUGGUUGACGAGGUCAAGCUGGUUGUGCAAGAAGAGAGCUUUAUCAUGAAGAAAGCCUUUCCGUUCUCAGAGGAGGUGCUCACUCGGUUCUUGCAACGAGUGUUCCAGCAGUCCAUACAACAGCGACUCGAAGUGGUUCUAGACAAGGCAAGCUCGAUAUCGUCGCUUGCGUUUCUGCGAUCGUUGCAGGCCGCGCGAGGUUACAUUGGCGCUUUGGUCGACAGUAUGAAAUCUCAUGGCCUCACGGAACAUCCAGAACCCGUCACUCCUCAGAUCGCCGCCGUCCUGGACCAACAGCUAGAUGAGCUGUUCGUGCCCUACUUUAUCGGUUCAUCAUACAUCGAGCGUGAGAAAAAGAACCUGGAUGAGCUCUAUGCGUCAUUGCUCUUCAAGUACACAACCUACCAUUCCCGUCGGAAGAAAACACCAACUGGCUAUUUGGCAGCCCUUAGCAUGAGGAGCAAAGAGCUGGUGUCAUCUGCAAGAGACGCAUAUAUGGAGCGGUUGGACUCGACCGAGUUGCCUCCCUCUCAAAAAGCCAUGCUUCUCCGGAUCGCCGGAAUCAAGGACUCCGAAAAGGACAAGAAGAGCGACAUCGAAGUUACGGAAGCGGACGGCGAGCUCAGUCUUGCCGUGGCAAAGCGCAUGAUCAAAUGGCUGGCAGAAGCCGUGGGAAGAGGAUUGGAGCUCAGCGGGGCCGUCGAGGUUCCAAAAGAUAUGCAGGCGCUUCAUGGCUUGGUGCUGCUGCAUAUCGGCGAAAUUUACAUCGAAACGGCGCUCGAAGCAGCCGCCGAGCAACUCCCUGCCACCGACGCCCUCAAAACCGAACCCUCCUUCAGCCACUUCCCCACCCUUCCACCCAUCAUCUCCACUCUCCACCUCCUCCGCCUCGCCAUCACGACCAUGCUCCUCCCCCUCGCCGCUCCCAACCUCACCAUCCGCCGCGACAUCGAAAAGACCCUCGAAGGCACCCUCACCGCCCUCGAAUCCCGCAUGUCCAUCAUCCUCCACCGCUCCCUCGACGUCUCCCUCCUCUGGUCCUCCAAGCUCCUCGCCGCCCAGAAGAAAAACGACUUCCGGCCCCGCGACGAGGAUCUCACCCGCCAACUCGACGCCCUGCAAACCCCUACCUGCGCCUCCGUCCACGCCUUCCUCACCCGCGUCGCCACCGCCGCCGCCGCCGCCCUCGACGGCAAGAACCGCACCGUCUUCUUUUCUGAGCUCGCCCUCGGCCUGCGCUCCCUCCUCUUCGAGCACCUGCGCAAGUUCACCGUAAGCCUCGCCGGCGGGCUGAUCGUCAGCAAGGACGUGAACAAGUACGCGGAGCUUGUGCGCGCGUGGCCGAUGGACGCGGACGGCGAGUUCCGGCGCGACGGCGGCAUGGAGGUGCUGGUGGAGGUGGCGAACCUGUUCGUGGUGGGGCCGGAGGCGCUGAAGGAGCGGCUGAAGGUCGGGGCGAGCGGGGCGGGAUCAGGGGCGCGGACGCUGGAGGAGGUGGGGGAGAUGAAGAAGUAUGUGGAGCGGAGGGAGGAUGUAGGAUCGGUGGCGGUGCAGGCGGUGUUGCAUGGUGUGUAA